AUGUCCAACCACUCCCUGUGCCGGACGCCAUGUUGGAACGGCGUAUGUGUGGGCCCAGAUAAGUGUGCCUGCUCUGACGGCUUUAAAGGAUCACUCUGCAAUGAAGAUGUGAACGAGUGCGGUUUGGUGCGCCGGCCGUGCUCCCAGCGUUGCAUGAACACACACGGUAGCUAUCGUUGUUACUGUGAACCUGGCUACACGCUCGGCGCAGAUGGCUACACCUGCUACAGAGGGCGGGCUUGUUCCUCUCUGCGUUGCCAGUUUGGGUGCCAAAUAGAGAGAGGGGGAGCAAUGCGCUGUCUGUGUCCCCCCGGCCUCCACCUGGCUGCGGACAACAAGACCUGUGAAGAUGUCGAUGAGUGUGAGCAAAGUCUGCAUGUCUGUCCACCCAGGAGGACGUGCCGCAACACUUUUGGGGGCUUUGUGUGUGUGUGCCAGGAUGGAUAUGUGAUGGGCACACUGGAGGGAUCCGUGCAGUGUCGAGAUAAAAAUGAAUGUCUAACCGGGACUCACCGAUGCAGCCGUCAUGCACAGUGUGUCAACACAGAUGGCUCGUACACCUGCCAGUGCCGGGACAGUUACCAUGGAGACGGGCGCACCUGCUGGCUCAGGAGAGCCCCUCAGUCUAAAACACACAUGUACUACCAUUACAAGCUCUCCAGAAGAACCAAGCCACUUAAACCAUACUUAUAGAGCUAUCACUAAAGAAAUAUCACCAUUAAACAAGUGUAUUCCUGUAUUUAUAAC